UGGCCUGCCCACCGACGACACGCACACAUCCGCUCCUGGCCCCGGCAUUCUCCACCGCUCCGCUGCCCGGAGCAGGAGGAGCACGCGUGACGCGCCGGCGCCGCCGCCGCCGGAUCGCCGGGAUCCGCCGGACCCCUCCGCUCCCGUUGGAUCUCGAAGCACCUCAGCCCCAUGAAGGGGGCACCGAGUCCGUGGUCGGAGAUCCCGCCGGAGCUCGCUGGCCUCGUGCUCCACCGCUUGCAUGCCCACAUAGACCGUGUCCGCUUUGCUGCUGUGUGCAAACAGUGGCGCUCCGCUGCGCAGCAGGUCCCCCUGCCUCCGCCACUACCAGUGCUCGCACUCAAGGAGGGGACCUUCUAUAGCAUGCCCCGGGGCGAGCCGCUCCACUUCCCUGGCUGUGACGGUGGCUUCAUCAUGGCUUCUGGUAACUGGCUGGUGUACAAUCGCUUGCACUGCUUGCUCUUGGUGGACCCCUUCUCUGGCGCCACCAUGACCCUUCCUGCACUGCGUAGCAUUUAUCCACUGGAGGAGAGCAUGGACAUGGUCGUGGUCAAACUAAUUGAGUGCUCACCCCACCUCAUCGCUGCACUGUUCAAGGGUGGCCGUAACUUUUGGAUUGCAGUGUGCCGACCAGGAGACUCCUCGUGGUCAGCAGCACAGAAGCUGCCUAUGGGGAUUUUGGACAUUGCAUUCUACCAGGAGAAGCUCUACGCCCUCAGUUUUCUCCAGGACCUCUUUGCUCUUGACAUAAGCGUUGAUGACAACACUGGCAAUCCACAGGUUGCUCUGAUUGGAAGGGUCAUCAAGGGUGGUUACAUUUACCUUGACCACAACUUCAUGAGGGUGCUCUACCUGAUUGAGUCCCGUGGCUCAUUGCUGAUGGUGCGUAGAAGCAUUUUCCAUGAGCACGGCCAUGGCAAAGGACAGAUACACACUUUUGCUGAACAGUGUGAGCCUGAGCUUGCAGUAUUUGAGCCUGACUUUGGACAGUCACGGUGGACCAAUGCAAUGACUGUCGGGGACGAUCAGGUGCUGUUUCUAGGGAUGUUUUCCAGGGCUGUUUGCAUGCCUCUGUGUGAUUCGCAGGACAAGCGCAUGUGGCUCUUGGAUGACUACAGGAGGGAUCAUUGUGAUGGCGAGACAUGUUCUGGCACCGGUGACAUGAGAAUCGGCAAGUAUUCCUGCCCCCUGCCAAAGAUCUCGUGGAGGGCCCACAAUCUUUGUGCCGGUGCAGUGUGGCUCUUCCCUUCAAACUGAUGCUGUUUGGUUACAACAAGAAGCUGUUAAGUGCAUUGGUAUUGUCCUCUCGUGGUACGGCGGCCUGCUAACUUGCCAUUUGAUGAUUGUGCCAUGCUCAACUUUGUGAAGUUUUUUUAUGAACCUUAUGGUAUGAUCCGAUCAAUUUUUAUUGGUCUAUUCCGUUAUCUUAACUUUGAGGGAGUAUUGAACUGGGGAUGUGUUGAUUUUAUUUCGAAACUUUGUUAUCUUGGACUAUUGUAGGUGAUAAGACUCUUAGUGUGUUAUGUGCUCCCUACCACCACCAUGCUGUUAUGAUCCUUGUGUGAACUAAGGCAAACUUUUGAUGUAAGCAUCCUGUGGCUCUUGUGAGAUGUUUCUGCUGGGAAAACUAUGUCAAACAAAUAUUUUGUCUAGCUCUGGCAUACUUCUUUGUGUGGAGAUGAGGUAUAUGCGUGCCAAACUUGCACCACAGAGUUGCCAGGCUUUAUACCAGUCCUUAAGAAAUAUGAAUGAAA